UAGCCUUUUCUAACCGCGUUCAGCGAUUACGUUGGGUCGAUACCGGGAGCGGAUUUAUCGUGUUUUGGUGAAGAGUUUUGGUGGUUUCACGAGAGUUAAUGUUGUUUUAAUGUGUACUGUAAACUGAAAACAAUAAACAUGUUUCCAACAUUAAAUGUGAUCUUACAAACAGUUUUGUUAAUUAUAGGAACAUAUAUCUUUUAUCAUGCUGUUUCGAUAUUCAUCAAUUAUCGACAAAACAAGAAAAUAUUCAAUGGAGCUAAGGGUCCAGAAAAAUAUCACUGGUUGUUUGGCAGUUUCUUUUAUUUUCCCACAGAUUCCCAUGAGCUGGCAAUGUAUUUGAUCGAAAUGUGUAAUAAAUACGGAAGUGAUCAAGGUUAUGUUGUAUUCUGGGGACUGCUUGGUAAACCUAUUUUGGCUCCAUCCUGUCCACGUAUUACUGCAAAACUGUUAAAAAGCAAUGAACCAAAGUCGAUGGGUUUAGAUGGAGCUUACAGACAUUUAUAUCCGUGGCUUGGAGAUGGAUUGCUUGUAGCUAACGGUGAAAAAUGGGCGCGAAACAGACGUCUGCUUACUCCCGCUUUUCAUUUUGAGAUACUGAAGCCGUAUAUGAAUGUAUAUAACCAGUCUGCAGAUGUGUUCGUUAAAAAGCUUGCAGCUCAAGCAAAAACCAAUGAAAGAUUCGAAGUUUUUCAGCACGUCUGUAUGUAUACAUUGGAGGUUAUAUUAAAAUGUGCGUUUUCAUACAGCGAAGACGUUCAAACAGCGGGUGAUUCAAACGAAUACGUAAACACAGUGAAUAGAAUAACAGACGCUGUGACAUACAGGUUCCUCAAUCCGUUGAUGUACUUUGAUACCAUCUGGAAGUUUAGUUCAAUCGGACGGCAAUUUAAGAAAGAUUGUGAAUUUGUUCAUACAGUAGCCGAGGAAGUAAUUGACAAUAGGAGAGAUGCUUUGAAUGAACAAGAUAGUACCAAAGGCAGCCGAUACACUGACUUCCUAGAUAUUCUUUUGACAGCACGUGACGAAGACGGACAGGGUCUUACAAAACUGGAGAUACGGAACGAAGUGGAUACUUUCUUGUUUGAAGGUCACGACACAACAGCCAGUGCCAUAUCAUGGAUUUUGUAUUCUCUGGCAGAGCACCCUGAAUGUCAACAAAAAUGUCAGACGGAGAUAGAUGAGAUACUUGCAGGCAGGGAAACAGAUGACCUGGAUUGGUCUGACUUAAGUCACCUAGAAUAUCUUACUAUGUGUAUUAAGGAAGGAAUGCGUCUACAUGCUCCGGUUCCGGCUAUAACACGAGACAUCACUCAAGACUUUGAUCUAGGUGAUAGAGUUGCACCUAAAGGGACAACGGUCAUCGCAAAUAUUUGGGUUUUAAACCACAUGGAAACUAUCUGGGGCUCAGAUCACAUGGAAUUUAAGCCAGACCGAUUUUCAAAGGAAAACGUUGACAGUAUUGAGCACUUUCAAUAUGUUCCGUUCUCUGCAGGACCAAGAAACUGUAUCGGACAAGUAUUCGCUAUGAAUGAAGAAAAGGUUAUCCUGACAAAGUUACUUAGAAAUUUUUCAUUUCGUCUUGACCCAUCACAUACAGUAAAACGUAAAAUGUCCUCUGUCAUGAGAACACAGAAUGGAAUGUACAUGUUUGUUGAGAAACGAAAGACUUGAAUAAAUUUUAGACAUGGAAAAAUGGCAUUUUUGAUUGCUUUAUUGUUAUAUUAUAUAAUGUUUAUGACCUCUAGUUUUAUAUCAUUCGGACUUAUAAUUGAAUUUGUUCUACCUAUGAAACAUAUGCAAUAUAAAUAUUAAGACAAUUAAAAAUUGGACAACAUUCAAACGGGUGUAUUCACAGCUGGCAGGAACUGUCAAUCAUUGCUUCAUUUUUAAUUUUCACUAGAUUUGAAGAACGUCCACUGCGCUUCUAUGGUAAAAAAACAAUAAAUAAAACAAAGUAAAAAAACACACACAAGUAUACGAACAAACGAAGAAAUAAAGAAAAGAUAAAUAU